CGACCGCACCCUUACAGCUACCUCAUCACCCACACCACAUUUGCAGAAUCUCAGGCCCUCAAUUAUACCUGUCCUCCUACCCACAACCAGCUCACGCCGCAGUCAUGAUGUCCACCGGGAUGUUGGGAGAGGAUGGCAUCCACGUCGACAUGAACCACCUGAAGAAGGGAGAAGUCAACUUGGGUACCUCCAUUAUGGCGAUCAACUUCAAGGAUGGUGUUAUAUUAGCGGCAGACAGUAGAACGACCACCGGCGCCUACAUCGCGAACCGAGUCACCGACAAGCUUACACAAGUCCACGACACAAUCUGGUGCUGUAGAUCUGGUUCGGCAGCAGACACACAGGCUGUCGCUGAUAUCGUACACUAUCACCUCGGCAUGUACGGCAUCACCAACGAUGAGCCGCCGACAACACAGACUGCAGCGGCCAUCUUCCAGGAGCUCUGCUACUCGAACAAGGACUCCCUCUCGGCUGGUCUCAUUAUUGCUGGCUGGGACCACAAGCAUGGUGGCCAGGUGUACUCCAUCCCGCUCGGAGGUUCUUUGCACAAGCAAGCGUACGCGAUCGGCGGUUCGGGGUCCACAUACAUCUACGGAUAUUGCGACGCAAACUGGAGGGAGCACAUGACAGAAGAGGAGGGUAUCAAGUUCGUCAAGGGUGCGCUGUCUGAGGCUAUCAAGUGGGACGGCAGCUCUGGUGGUGUGAUCCGUAUGGUUGUCCUUACAGCUGCCGGCGCACAGCGACACCUGUACCUGCCAGACCAGAACUACGAUGGUCCAGGCAGGCAGUAGGUGCUUGAAGAUAUAUGGGGAGGAAACGUUCAAGACAAAAGACAUAGAUCUGCAGCUCUGAGCGAGGCAUGACCAUCACGAUGAAACGAAGCCAUGUACAAAACUGGCGACAAUCAAUUUCGAAUCUCCGGAAUGGUGACUGAGUACGGUGUACUUACCAAAACAAUCUGUAGAACUAUACGAACGGCACUCGGCAUCAGUCGCGUUCUGACGUUGCUGUUGACAUUUGCAUGGUCUGGAUGUCAACCCAAUCAUAGCCCAAUCAUUUGAGCAUCUCUCACCCAACUAAAUGUUCACGUG